AUGUACUUUGACGACAAAACAUCGGAAGUUGAACGUUUUGAACUUGUUCCUUGCAGCGUAUGUUCGCGAAAAUUUCGGGCUGAUAUCAUUGAAAAGCAUGAAAACAUUUGCAAAAGAGCUUCUAAGCGAAAACCAAAGAUAUUUGACAGUGGUAAAAUGAGGGCGAGGGGCACAGGCAUUCCAAUCAGUAAAACAAUCCGACCAGGGGAAAUAGUGCCUCGUGAACCCAACAAAGACGAAAGGCUAAUAAGAGCAGAAAAAAAGCGCGAUAACUGGCGAGUUAAGCACAGGGAAUUUAUUAACACAAUAAGGUCUGCAAAAGCAUACCAAAAUGCAGUGUCCAAAGGUGGCUCUGCCCUUCCGUAUCCAGUGGCUCCUCCCACAAUCGAUCCAGAUCUUAUCCAGUGCCAGUACUGCAACAGAAGAUUUAAUGAGAGUGCGGCAGAGCGUCACAUUCCUUUUUGUAAGGAAAAAUCGGAGCGUGAAAGGAUGAGGCAAACGACAAACAGAUCAACUAAAAGACCUGAUCAAAAACCCAUUGCUGCAAUGAACAGCACAUACCAACGGAAAAACGAUCAAUUGGGCAGAUCAGUGACUCAAAAGCCGUUAAAAUCCCCGGCUAUAUCGAAGAGUGGAAAGGGAGAUGGUUCGCUGUCGAACACAACUCGGAGUCUUGAGUCUCCUACUGCUAUUAGGACACCAACGAAAAGACCUAGUUCUCGAGCCUCAUCACAAAAACGAAGUCCCAUGCCAUCUGCAAAUGCGGAAGGAGGCGCUAAAAACCACAGCAGGUAUGGUGAUUUCAAUUCAGGAUACUUGCACGACAAACCUCACUCGCCUCCAUCGUCCUCUGGACCCGAAGAUGCUUGCAACAGCACCUUUGAUGUGGAAGACUCACAGCAUCAGCUUUUAGAUUACGUAAAUACAUUAAAAAGUGAUACAAAUCUGUCAGAGACCCAACCUUGCAUGCCUGGGGAUGACCAUCAGCUUCAGCGUUCGCAGUCGUCUCAUUCAGUCAGAGGUGCGAUUUCUCGACACUCUUCCCUCAACACCAAUGGCAGCACUAGAAAUAUUUCCUCGGGUAUUCCAAAAGAUCGUUCGCCUCCCUUAAAUAAUAAUUCUGCUUUUCUCAACCAAGCAGUGACGCUUCGAACUGGACGAACUUACCAGCACUACAUGGACGCUCAAGCCUUUAGCAAGAACUUGCAACAUGGCUUCCAGACGCGAGCCUUUAGCUGGACGACAGAGUUCACAGACUCGAAGAACUAA